GGGCUUGUCUGUAGUUGCUUUGAGUCUUUCUCAUUUGCAGGCUCACUGAAAAUAUUAAGUCAUGUCAAGCCAUACCUCAAAAAAAGAAAAGCGGUUUCUUUUUACCUCAGAAUCUGUUGCAGAAGGACAUUCUGACAAAAUGUGUGAUCAGAUAAGUGAUGCUGUUCUAGAUGCUCAUCUCAGUAUUGAUCCAGAUGCCAAGGUUGCCUGUGAAUGUGUGGCAAAAACUGGAAUGAUUUUGCUUUGUGGAGAGAUCACAUCCCGGGCUAUAGUAGAUUACCAACAAAUAGUAAGAGAGACCCUUAAGAGGAUAGGGUAUGAUGACUCUUCUAAAGGAUUGGACCAUAAGACUUGCACAGUUCUAGUGGCGUUAGAACAACAGUGUAAAGAGAUCAAGCAUGCUGUCUCCCAUGGCAAGAGUGACGAUGACAUUGGAGCAGGGGAUCAGGGUUUGAUGUUUGGCUAUGCUACUGAUGAAACUGAGGAAUGUAUGCCCUUAACAGUCCUGUUGGCGCACAAGCUCACUGCAAGGAUAAAGGAUCUGGAACGAAAUGGAACAUGGCCCUGGGUUAGACCAGAUGGAAAAACACAGGUCACUAUGGAAUACAAGGAGAGUGAUGGAGCAGUGGAACCCAUCCGAGUGCAUACAGUUGUGAUCUCAGUACAUCAUGCCCCAGACGUACCUCUACAACACAUACAAAAGGAGUUAAUGGAGAAAGUUGUUAAAGAAGUCAUUCCAGAGAAGUAUCUUGAUGAAGGCACAAUUUAUCAUCUCCUUCCAAGUGAGAAGUUUGUAGAAGGUGGUCCUAAGAGUGAUGCUGGUCUGACUGGCAGGAAGAUCAUUGUUGAUACCUAUGGAGGUUGGGGAGCCCAUGGUGGUGGUGCUUUCUCUGGAAAAGACCCUUCCAAAGUUGAUCGUUCUGCAGCAUAUGCAGCUCGAUGGGUAGCAAAAUCUCUGGUGAAGGCUGGUCUCUGUAGAAGAGUAUUAAUUCAGCUAUCAUAUGCUAUUGGUCUGAGUCAUCCUCUUGCGAUCUCGGUGUUUCAUUAUGGAACCUCAGACAGAUCUGAAGAAGAGCUGCUUGAGAUUGUACAGAAAAACUUUGAUCUACGCCUUGGAGCUAUCAUAAGGGAGCUGGAUUUGAAGAGGCCAAUCUAUCAAAAAACAGCAUGCUAUGGGCACUUUGGGAGAGAAGAAUUUACAUGGGAAAUACCCAAAAAGCUUGUGUAUUAAGCUCUUCGGAAUGCUUCUGUUAACAGACAGGUGGUUUAGCAAUCAGGUACAACUUCAAGCUGUUCAUAUAGAGACUGCACCUACUCUUGUUUCAAGAUGACAGUGUGUAGCUAAUAGAUGUAUUAAAAAUCUAAUGCUAAUAGAUGUACUAAAAAUCGUAUGUAUUCAAAUUCUAACUUUCAUAGGGGAACAUACACGUCAAAUGCAUGCAGCUCUAUCUAACAUACUCCAGCCUUGUCUUUGGUAAGGUGAACAAUUUGGGCCUUCGGCUGCGAUCAGAAUUUAAGUGCACAGAUGAUUACGGGAACUAAAGUCAGUACAGGGCUGCCAGGGAAGCUGGCUGCUGCUUACCCAGUUAACUUCGUGUUGAAGUGGGCGAGGUACCUUCCAACAGCCCCCUGCAAAAGGAAAACAGUAAUAGAUCUAAUUGUCUUAAUGCUUUGGGCAGUGACUUCUGCGAUUACCACUUCCUUUGGUCUGAGCAAGUUAGUAGAAAUACUUAUUUCAGAACACAGUCAUUGUAAUUCUAAAUGAAGUUAGAUCUGAGUUAGUGUUACGUUUGCUUGUUUGUCGUAAUUCUGUAAUGAGCUCCUGCAUUGUAAUUCUUCUGCUCAUUAAUUGUUGCUCCUUUAAAACUGCAGUUUUCCCUGUCUGUGUGAGUUGGGAAUGAUUUGGUUAAGUUUCAUUGAGCCACUGAAUGAAAUGGGAAGUUUUUUGUAAAAAACAAUUGGAGGGCAUUGCCUUCUUUUGAAUUCUCUAUCUGAAAGCAAGAACUGAAGAAAGAAUUCAAAGUCAUUUGGUUUUCCUUUGGGGUCUGAUUUAAGGAAAAUGUGACAGGUCUUGUAUACGGGAAGUAGCAGUUCAUAUCUAAUCUCCAGAGCUUCUAUCUAAAUAUUUUAGCAGAUUUUCUGAUAACUAUUUACACUGGGUAGCUAAUUUGCCCAGUGUAAAUUUUUCCUCAAGAACAGUAAAAGAUGUGUGCCUUGUUUAAAACAAGCUAACAGAAGAGAAGCUACCUCUGCUAAAUUUUGUUGUACUUAAUACAAUACCAAAGACAAAGCAAUUGCUCCACAAAAUCAAUGAACGUCUUUUCAAAUGUUCCCGUUAUCAUUCUAGAAAUGAAUUACUUAAACUGUGGCUUCGGAAAUGAAAAAUGAUGCCCAGAGCAGACAUGAGCAGCAAGACUGAUGAAAAUUUAGCUAAAUUAAAAUGUUGCCUAUGUAGAGGAAUCAAUCAAAAUAUUUUUAUUUCCAGAUGUUGUAAUUGAUGCUCUAUUAUACAUGUUAAUUUAAUAUCAAAUAAGCAGGUCUUCUUUGAAAUGCAUGGCUACAAUAUAUUAUGUCAGUCUCUCAAAAUAUAGUGGUUCAUAACCUAUGUAAGAAAUAGACUAUAAUCACACACCAGAGUGAAACACAUAAUAGUUCAUGCAUUGUAUUUUGUGACUUCAUCCAGAGUAGCAAGCUGUAUGGAUAUUCUGCUAAUAAAGUUACACUAAUGAAGGAC